AUGUGGCUAUCCUUUAUCACCCAUUUGGGCGCGUUGGUAAUUUUGUUACAUCUAGUAAUUGACACUGGCGCGGAAUGGAAGAAUCUUAUCGAGGUGUACGUACCGGAAGGAAAACCAGAAGAUUAUGUAGUUUACAGUGGACUACCGUAUCCUACUGGAGGAGUGGAGUACAUGCUAUUUUACGCGCAGAAAGGGGACGCGCUUGACAAGGUCGGUUUAUUCAAGGUCUCUAAAACUGGUGUUAUCAGAACAAUUCAACCUUUGAUUUACGAGAAGGGAAAACCUAACCAGUACGAUUUGACCAUAGUUCGAAGAUCUUCCAAAGAGGCAAACGGAGGCCUGGCCACAACAGUGCGAGUGACGGUACAAGACGUGAAUAACUUCCCGCCAGUUUUUACCUACGGUCUGUACAACGGACACAUCAAAGAAAACUCUCCCGAAGGAACUGUGGUUAUGGGCUUGGAAAAUUGCUACGCUGGUGACCGCGAUAACUCAGGUGUAAGGGAUUAUAAGAUAAUUAAAGGAAACGAGAAAGGUUAUCUUAGGGUUGAGAAAUAUGACGUUGGUGAGCACAGUUUUUUGCAGUUAAAAGCUACCGAUCGACCGAUCAAGCGAGACACGAAAAAACCUUUUUUGAGGUUGACUGUUGAAGCAGAGGAUAUGGGCAAUCCGCCAAAAGUGGCACAAACUACAAUCGAAGUACUGAUUGAAGAGGUGAACGAUUAUGCUCCUGUAUUUGAUAAAAACAGCUACAAACGAGAAAUAAGCGAGGAUACUCCGGUUAUGAUGCAAGUUCUCAAAGUGCGAGCUACUGACAAAGACGAGGGAAUUAGCGGUCAGGUUUAUUAUUUCUUCCAAACAUUGUCGAGCUAUUUUACGAUAAAUGUCUUUACAGGUGCAAUUAUGCUGGUGCGUGAGCUGGACUAUUCACAAACAGACCAGCGAGUACACCGGUUGACUGUCGUCGCACGGGAUGCAGGAACACCCAGUCAACAAUCCACGGCUACUGUUACCAUCACUGUCCCCCUGGAUAUUCCCAACUUCCCUCACCCGGCUUCCACUACUUCCAACCAAGAAAACGCAGCACCAUUUUUUCCUAAAGCACCGUACCACUUUACGCUUCACGCAUCGUUUCCCAUCAGAGGUAGUCUUGGUGUUAUUUUGGCAGUAGAUGAAGAUCCACCGGGAUCCAACAGUGCGCUUCGUUAUGCACUGCAAACCCCCUCUAGCGAUUUUACCCUGGAUUCCACCAGCGGUGUUCUGACAAUUAACAAGGAACUUGACGCGAAGACAUACACCUUGUCCGUAAAGGCUGAAGACCAGGGUAGCCCACCAAAAAGCGCUGUGGCACAAGUUAAAAUUGAAGUAGAAUCCAUAGAUAAUCCAUUCAACUAUCCUACCUUUAGCAAUCCUAUACAAGAAAUAACGGUCCAAGAAAAUAUUAAAAUUGGCACAUCUGUGUUCACAGCUUCGGUAAUCUCCGACGCGAGCACGAACAAAGGCGUAGUGUAUUCGGCAAUAUUCGGUUCCGCGCUGCCAUACUUCGAGUUGAACGAAGAAACGGGUGUAUUAAAAACGGCCGCAGCACUCGAUCGAGAAAAGCACGGCGUGUAUGAAUUAAUGAUAGAAGCAAGAAACAAGGACAAAAUUCCUCGCCAUUGCCAUCUGUUUCUGAUGAUAAAAAUUGCAGAUGAGGACGACUCAUACCCUGAAUUUACUAAGCCAGUUUAUAUCGCUAGUGUACCCGAGAAUAGCCAGAAGGGUACUUUUGUCACUGUCAUCCACGCCAUAGAUCAUGACAAUCCUUCGAUAUCUUACGAUCUUUCCACAUCGUCUUCCGAAUUUCAAAUAGAAGCAGGUACUGGAGUAGUUAGGACGAAAAGAAAGCUGGACCGAGCUAUUGGCGACAGAAAAUUCCUUCUCCAUGUCACAGCAAACGAUGGAGGGGGAAAAACCGCGCAAGCGAAUGUUGAUAUCAGUGUCACCAGCGCACACGACUCUAGUCCAAAGUUUACUCCGGAAAAGUACCAGGCCUCCUUGCGAGAAAAACAGGGACUGUUUCCUAAUUUGUUGUGCAUAGCUGCGACUGGAAGUAACGGCGCAGUGACAUAUUCGAUUAAAUCUGGAGCCAACGAAAGAUUCGCCAUUGACAGGAAUACAGGGACCUUGUCUGCUUUGGCUUCCUUUGACCACAGGACCGAAAAAGGAUAUGUGCUUUCAAUCGUAGCUGAAAGCGAAAGCUCCUCAAAAACGUCAUCAGCUUCAGUGACAGUAUCAAUAACAAACGAGAACGGCCCGCCGAACUUCGUCAAGAAAAGCUAUGAAGUUGAAACUCAGGAAGAUGUGGAAUUUGGAACAACUCUACUAAUUGAUGGCGAUGGGUUUCGUUUCACCACUGACAGUAGGCCCGCAAACGAUUUUGAAUGUUCACUGGACGACAUCACAAGUACACAAAUACUGGAUCACUUUCAAGUCAAUAGAAUAGGUUACGAAUGUCAGGUAAAAGUUAUUCGAGAUUUUGUUCAAAUUUCCAACCGAGAAUUCACUUUUCAAGUGCGCGUUACAGACAUCAAGCAGAGGAACCUGAUUGGCAAGGCUGGCGUAACGGUUAAAAUAACAGACACGAACGACUAUGCCCCCGAGUUCACGCAAUCCUCCUACUGGGUUUCCGUCGCCAGUGACACUUCUCAGGGAACCAGUUUAGUACAAGUGACUGUCUUUGACAGAGAUACCCCUGGCAAAACUGAGUUUGUUUUGGAGCUCUUGUCCGAAGGUGCUGAUGACAGAUUUCAGAUAGACAGCGAGGGCAUAGUUCGCACGAUUACAUCGGGUCUACCCGAAAACAAAAUGUUCAACCUCAAAGUCAAGGCGAAAGAAACAGGUACCAAUGUUCAACGAGAAAGCGAGGUGUCACUGAAAAUCUCCGUGCCUAGCACGCCUUUCGUACCUGUCGAAUUCAGCAGUAACAGCUACCUUAAUUCUCUCAGUGAAGACGCUACCAUCGGCGCGUCUGUGUUCACCGUAAGUGCUUCGCGAUCAGGUUCAGACUCAGGAAUCCUUACAUACUCCAUAGUAGGCGGAAAUCUGGACAAUACUUUUAAUAUAGAUUCCAGAAGCGGGAAGGUGACCUUAGCUAAGAAUCUUGAUUAUGAAACUACCACGAAGUACAAGUUGAUCAUUCGGGCAACUUUUGAUUUCUCCGAUGGAAGUAUCCCGGAUAUUGCUGCUGAGGUUACAGGCCAGGUUACAGUGCAAGAUAUUAAUGACAAUAGUCCCAGGUUCCUCUUGUACAACCGACCGACUCGGAUUGCCAUUGAGAGCUAUACACCAAGUGCCACGGAAGUGAUAAAGGUGACGGCAACAGAUGAGGAUACAGGAAACUUUGGCUCUGUGUCGUACAAUAUUCAUGAAUCCGCCAGUAAUCCAUCCAUCGACAUCCCAUUCUCCAUUAACUCAGUCACCGGCUCACUCAAGACCAACAGAGAAAUCAAAUUUUCAGAAGGAAGCUUCUACGCUAUAGUAGUAAGGGCUGUAGACGGAGCCAGCCUAGAAAGUGCCGUAACCAUUGAAAUAACAGUUCUGAAUAUCGGCAAGCCUCCGACAUUCAAACAAGAGGAGUAUCUGAAAAGUGUCAGUGAGAACAGUCCCGUUGGUACCAGUGUAAUCGACAUAAAAGCUGACUAUAACGACCCCACUGCCCCGUUGAGAUAUGCAAUCAUCAAAGGCGACUCCGACAACAGAUUCUGUAUAAACUAUUUGGGCGUUAUUAAUGUGGCGCAGCCUCUGGAUCGCGAGAAGGUGCCAUCAUAUGAGCUCUUAGUAAUGGUGUCCCUCAAUAACAAAAACGAUACCACCGUUGUCAAAGUUACCUUGCAAGAUGCCAAUGAUCACGCACCAUCAUUUGAGAAGUCAAUUGUAGUCAUAGAUGUCCUUGAAAAUGAAGUCAAUCCCAGUUUAAUACGUUUGACGGCAACUGACCAAGACAAUGGUGACUACGGAAAAGUGACUUACUCCAUCAUUCAGACUGUCAGGAGCGACAGUAAGGAGCUGUUUGAGGUAGAACCCGAUAGUGGUUGGGUCAACCUGAAGAAGCCUCUGGAUCGCGAGAAAGCUGCUGAGCAUGUGCUGUUCAUCAGGGCACAAGACGGUGCUCGGCCACAGCCACUAAGCGACAUCGUCAAGUUAAUCAUCCGAGUAACAGACAUAAAUGACAAUACACCACGAUUCUCGACUUCCUCUUACCAAGCUUCCAUACCUGCUGACCUCAAACACGGAAGUAAAGUAAUCCAAUUGUCCGCCACAGAUCUAGACAGUGGUGUCAAUAGACUGCUGUAUUACACCAUUAAGGAGGGCAAUAAGGACAAUCUUUUUGAGAUAAAAAGUGACAACGGACUUAUCACCCUGGGCAACAGGCCACUAGCAUCUGCUCGUCAGGACACAUUUACUUUAACUGUGGAAGCAGCCGAUGAAAAAGACAGAAAUAAAAAAGACGAAGCGAUUGUGUUGAUAAAUGUGUUUCCUCCUGAUGGACCCCCGCGGUAUCCAGAUCCUUCUUUAAGUUUCAAAACUCAGGAGGGUAUCUUGGCCGGACAGAAGAUCGCAUCAGCAGCUGCAGCUACCACGGAGUACGUCAUGUACACCAUACUGUCGGGUAACGAGGAUGGUGUGAUUCAAAUCGAUCCUUUCUCGGGGGAUCUGGUGACGGCUCAGGAACUCGAUUAUGAAAAAGCUGAUAGGUACGAACUGCACAUAAUGGCGCAGGAUAUCAAAGGAAGGAAAGCUGAAGUCAAGAUCACUAUCAACGUUAUAGAUAUCAAUGACAACCGCCCGUUCUUCAUCGAUGAAUUCAAUGGGAAAGUCGAAUAUAGAGCCACUGCAGGCGCUCGUGUGGGCGACCAAGUGGCCCGAAUUGCAGCAUACGAUCUAGACAUUGAGUCCUCCAUGAAGUACAAGUUAUCCCCUGAUGCAGAGGCGUACAUUGAUAUUGACGAACAGGGAAUCAUUCGUGCCAAAAGAACUCUUGACGGUAGCAUUCCCGGGAAGCGCUCAACUGAACCUCUGAGGACACUGAGUUUCAACUUAGAGGCUCGUGAUGGUGCCAAUCCACCGAAUUCUGCAACGACAUCUGUGCGCCUGGCAUUUGCUAAACAACAAGCAGGGCAAGAUACUUCGGCCUUGAGGGUUAGGGAGGACAUGCCGGUCGGUAAGGUUUUCGCCAUGACUCCUAGAUACAUUCCUGGUGGAAAGUUCUCCAUCUUGUAUCCAGAGGAGACCCCUUUCUCUGUCGACGAGGAGGGCAGAAUUAAACUUAACACCGCACUCGAUUUUGAAACUCAAGCGGUGUAUACUCUGACAGUCCGAGAAGAAGCUUCUAGUUCCAGUGGCCCAAUCUUCAACGACAUCACCUUCGAGAUCUCCGUCGUUGAUGUCAAUGAUAACGAUCCCAGGUUUGAAUUGAGGCAACGGUACGGAACAGUGAACGGUAACGCUCGGGCUGGUGCUUCGGCAUUGAAGCUUUACGUAACGGAUGCAGAUACUAGUGUGAAUGGACUUGCAGGUUAUCAACUUGUCACCAGUGGCGCUCCCUUUGGUAUCGACCCGUUGAAAGAUGUUCUAGAGGUUGACGGCCCUCUUAUGAAGUCUCAGUACGAUCUAGAGUUACUUUCAUUUGAUUACGGGAUACCACGACGCCAGAACAGCCCAUUAAAACUUCGAUUAGAUGUUGGGAAAAUGCCACCGAGAUUUAUCGACUUUCACGACGAUGGCUACAGGUUUGAGGUGCCCGAAGACGCCAAGGCUGGAACUGUUAUAGGAAAGAUCCAAGCUAUUAGCGUCUCAGGUAGUAGAGUAGGAUACAAUAUUGUUAAUGGAAAUUCGGAUAACAGAUUUAGAAUCAACAGUGAAGGUGAAAUCAAACUUAACUUUCUCCUGGACUACGAAACACAAGCAACGGAAUAUGAAGUGCAGGUGGAAGCAAUCGAGAUGAUUCCAUCUGGUCUUGUCUCUAUAAUCAAUGUCAAAGUACUCGUUUUGAAUGCUAAUGAUCACUAUCCUGCGUUUAAACAAGGAUCUUACACGGUUACUGUGCCAGAAAACAAGGCUCUCGGGAGCUCGAUAUUGACCGUAGCCGCUAUAGACUGUGACUGUAGCCAGGAUUGCAACUGCUUGCCAGGGCAGCUGAGCUACUCAGUGAAAGAUACCGAGUAUUUCACAGUGGACCCCGAAACUGGAGUCAUAUCACCGGCACGUUCUUUAGAUUACGAAAGCCAGACAACACACGUGUUCCAAGUCCAUGCAUCUGAUCAUCUGAGGAAUAAAACGAACGUUGCUUUGGCUUAUGUCAAGAUGAAGAUUACCAACGUGAACGACAAUCAACCAAGGUUUGCAAACCUCGAGUACAGAUUCACCGUCGACGAAGAUGCACAAGUUGGGAUAGGAUUAGCGGUGAUCGAAGUUCACGACGAUGACCACGAUGAAAUUACAUAUUCCAUCGUCCAAGGGAGUGGUCCUUUCCAAAUAAAUGCUAAAACUGGGGUCAUUUCUCUUUCACAAAAACUUCCCAGCAGUCCUUGGGAAUAUACGUUCACCAUUCGAGCAACGGAUUCAAACGGAGCCUUCGGCGAAGCAAAAGUCUUCAUAACUAUCAGGGACAAGAACAACAAUCGACCCGUGUUCGAAAAGUGCAAGGAUUCAGCAGUAACAGAGAAUCUUCCCCUCGGACAAGUGGUUACCCAAAUAGUAGCUAAAGACGCUGAUAGUGGUUUAAGCGGAGAAGUAGAGUACAGUCUGGCAUAUGGCGAUGAGUUCUUUGAGAUUGAUAAUACUACCGGUGUGCUAAGAACCGCUGCAACCUUUGACCGAGAAGAAAAAGCCCAAUAUCAAGUAGUUAUUAAAGUUGAAGACGGUGGCCAUGGCCGAAGCUCCUCUGAGCGACUUCUUAGGUAUUGCAAGCUGACGGUCAACAUUGGAGAUAUAAAUGAUAACUACCCCUUUUUUCCAACGUGGAACUACAAAGGAAGCGUUUGGAAUAACGCCAAAAUAGGAACCUCAGUUCUGAGAAUUCACGCGUUCGAUUUGGAUGCAGGUGUCAACGCCAAUGUGGAGUAUCAUUUAGAACCUGAUGAUAAGUUCGAGAUAUCAGAAAUGGGUGUCAUAUCAACCAAAGUGUCAUUGGCAUCUUUUACAGGAACAGUGACAUUAACUGUCCUGCCUUCGAACACGGAGCCUAUGACAGCGGGUGCAGAUAAUCCUACGGAUCGGAGUACAAAUAUUGAAAUCUUUGUCUCAGACCUUCCACCUCCGGAGUUUACGAAGUCAAUAUAUAUCGCUCCAGUCCAGGAAAAUCAAGUUGCAGAUACGACAGUCCUGACAAUUCAAGCAAAUUCUAAAAACAACCAACCCCUGACUUAUACUCCGUUAUUCACUUGGCAAUUUGCCUCAGAGUUCUUCCACAUCAAUCCCCAGACAGGGGAGAUCAUGACAGGUGGUAAGGCGCUUGAUUAUGAGAAGCUAAAGAUAUUUCGUAUGCAGUUCAAAGCGUCUGAAAGCCAGAUGCUUUUUUCCACUUGCCUCGUGGAGAUUCAAGUCAAUGAUGUCAACGACAACACCCCAACAUUUGGAACGGAGUUUUACGAGGGUAGGGUUCUAGAGAAUUCUCCGCCUAAUUCGGAGGUACUCCGAGUGCAAGCGCACGAUCCGGACACUGGAGGUGGGGGACAGUUGACUUACUCCAUCGUUGAAAGCGAUACCACCGAUGGAAAGUAUUUCAGCAUUGACUCCAGCACUGGCCUUAUAAGAACGAAGGGGACAUUUGACCGCGAGGCUGCUGAUCAAAAACACUUCACUGUCUUAGUCGAAGCUAGAGAUCAGGGAAACAAGUUCGGGAGAAGCUAUGUUGAUAUCGAAGUCGUCGAUGACAAUGAUGUAGGGCCAGUUUUUUCUCUAACUCAGUAUUCUCUGAGCGUUAGAGAAGAUGCUGAUCUGGGUCAUAUUGUUCACUCCUUUACUGCGCAAGAUAAUGAUGUAGGUCUCAACUCUUUAGUGAGUUUUUAUAUCUCGUCUGGAGAUGUAAGACAUGCAUUUCAUAUGCAGACAGAAUACUAUCCCCAAAAUGUUGGACAACUCAUAGUCGAUGAUAAGCUCGAUUACGAAAUUGAUAAGGAGUACAAUCUGAAGAUUAUCUCUACAGACGGAAGAACAACAAGUCAACCGCCAGCAAGUGUUAAAAUCGAGGUUAUAGACGUUAACGACAAUGCCCCGGUGUUCAAUCAACUCCGUUAUAAUGCAGCUGUGGUGGAAGGCAGUCCAGGAAGUCUGCUCGUGGUGACAGUAACUGCUACUGACAUCGACACGACUGGUGAGACUAUUUCUUAUUCUUUGGACAAACAGGGCGAGAUGUUCUUCACGAUUGGUCCAGAGAAUGGAGAGAUACGUACCAAUGGAAGACCGCUGGACAGAGAGGAAACGCCUGUGUUAUAUUUUAAGGUCCAGGCUAAUGACGGAGUUUUCAUUGGAUUUGCUGGAGUAAAGAUUGUAGUUCUAGAUGUCAAUGACAAAGCACCCUACUUUCCAAGUCCUCCAUAUAUUGGUACGAUCGACGAAAACAAACCUCCGGGCACAAGCGUUAUUUUCGUGCAAGCUGUCGACGAAGAUGACCCAAAAGAGAAUGGGAACACCGACCUAACCUACUCUCUUGAUGACGAUAGCGACGGGCUCUUUGUGAUUGACAGUACAACUGGGCUCAUAUCCAAUACCAUGACCUUGGACAAAGAAGGGGACCCGGACAAGUACAACGUCACCGUGAGGGCGACAGAUAAUGGGACUCCGCAACAGCUUAGCGGCACAACAGUGGUGACUAUCAAAGUAGUAGACGCCAACGACCAUAAACCGGUAUUUGAACCUUUGGAGUACAGAGCUUUUGUCCCGGAAAACGCAUUUCCCGGAUAUUUCGUAACACAAGUUAACGCCACGGAUAAAGACGUGGGCUUCAACGCUCAGUUUGAGUUUACCACGGUGUCUGGCAACGAUCCCUACGCGUUCUACAUCAACCCUACAACCGGUGUGGUAUUGGUGUCAGGAGGGUUAGACUAUGAAACACGACAGAGUUAUACUUUGAAGAUAAAUGUAUCCGACCGAGGUAUCCCUCAACAGACUUCUUCAGAGCUCGCUACCGUGUUCAUCACCAUAACAGACGUAAAUGACCAUCCUCCGGUCUUUGUACCAGAUACGUACAGCAUUUCUGUGAACGAGGACGAACCCGUCGGCUUCUCUGUAUUAAGUUUGGUGACUAGCGAUCUUGACAAGAACAUUGACACAAGGCUGUGGUUCACGGUCGAGUUUGGAGACCCCACUGACAGCUUCGACGUCAAACCUGAUCCAAACAACCCUAGUAUCGGUAUCUUAUACAUAACUGCUCAGCUAGACCGAGAGGCAGUUAACAGUUACAAGCUGGAGAUAAAGGCCGAAGAUGCUGAUAAACUCUUUGCUGUUUGCUUCGUGACCAUAACAGUACUGGACAUCAACGACAAUGGGCCACAUUUUAUCCUUCCUAUCUUAUUCGGCAGCAUCGUUGAAAAAGUUUCUACACCGCAGUUUGUUGUGACGCUUAGUGCUUCUGACCCGGAUGAACCGUUCAAUGGACCACCGUUUGAAUACAAGAUACUCAAUGGCACGGUAGACGGGAACUUUUAUAUAGAGCCAAGUUCGAAGACCCCUACCACUGCCGAUAUCUACUCAUCAGCUUCGUACCAAUUCAACUACGAAGAGAAACAAGAGUGGAAACUGUGGGUGCAAGUAACGGACUCUGGCAAUCCAGCUAUGUCGAACAUAACUGUAGUCUACAUCGAGAUUAAAGAUUCCCUCAAUAACAAUGCCCCUUUUAACGCCACAAUGACGAUCAUUUUAAACUCUUAUCAGGGAAGCUUUGCAGGGGGAGUUAUAGGAAAAGCUUACUACAGAGAUAACGACUUUGAAGUGGAUGAAAGCGGCUACACAAUUACGACGCAGAAUCCAGGAUCGUUUUUCACUUUGGAUACAAACACAGGCCAGCUCUCUGCACCGGCAAAUAUUCCUGCGGGUAACUACGGACUUUUCGUGCGCGUAACAGAAAAAAACAGAAAUCAGGCAUCACCACCCAAAGUUGUGUUCUCCGCCAUAAAUGUUAUGGUCAGAAAUAUUUCAAAGGCUGCAGUACUAAAAAGCACCACAAUACAGUUUGUGCAAAUCCAUAAAAAAGCUAUUUUUGUUGGUGAUUACUACUCGAAGCUUGUAGGGGUGCUUCAAGAGAUUUUCAGCUACAAUGGCGGAGACUUUAUUAUACAAUAUUAUGUCCAUAUCUUCAGCAUACAAACUGAUACAGAUAACCCACAGGCUAUAAAUGUCCAGUUAGCGGUAAGCACCCCUAUAAACGAGUUUUGGAGUACAUCGGAUAUAUUGACGAAACUGAUAGAGAAGAGAUCUUCACUUGAAAGUAUCGGGCUAACUAUAAGCGCCAUCGGUAUUGACACAUGUGCAAAAGAAUACAAUAAGACUGGUAUGUGCCAGAACGUGGUAAACGCCUUCAGAACAUUUACAGUGAUCAGCGGCGACUAUGGUAAAUUACCCGCACCUGACACCUCUCUCACAUUUGUAUCAAUCGACGUGAAACUUGAAGCAAAGUACUUCUUCUUUGAGAUUAAACCUGUCGUAAGAUGCUCAGAUAAGCCUUGUUUGAAUGGCGGUAUAUGUCAUGACGUACAACCAGAAGGGGUUAUUUGCCAAUGCAAGCAUAAAUACGCUGGGUUAGUUACUGGACCUCUUUGUCAAGAAACGACUCGCACCUUCGAGGGAGGGCUGGGAGAAUCAUAUAUAUGGCUCGAAAAGCUUGUGGCAUACGACAGGAAUGUUGUACAGCUGGAAUUCACCACAAUAGUCUCAGAUGGGCUUAUUCUUUAUCAAGGGCCAUUACUGGAAGUGGGCACUGGCCAGCCUCGCGAUUUCUUGGCCAUUGUGUUGUUUGGAGGCUUCGUUCGUGUCGUCAAAUCUUUGGGAUCCCAGUCUUUAACGCUAACACUGUCACGUGGUCCUCGACUGGAUGAUGGUCAAUGGCAUUCUGUUGAAGUGCGUCAAGAGUUGAAGAGGUUUACAGUUGUUAUUGACCAAUGCAAGAACGCACGUUUGAUACAGCUUGGGGAUCAGUUGGUGGAGGAUGAAAGCGAAUGUAAAAUAUCAGGAAAUGUCAGAGAAACCAAUGUCUUCCUAAACAGCAUUUGGCCACUUCAAAUUGGAGGUGUGGAAAACCCGCAAGUUUCAUAUCCGGACCUCAAUUACACAGGUUUUGUGGGAUGCAUACGAAAAAUUAUCAACAAUAAACAUAUGUACGAUCUUAAAAACCCCCUCAAAGUGGUCAACUCUCCCGAAGGCUGCACCAAAGCUCUCAGUAGUUGUCCAUCUUGCAAUGAUAAUGGAUAUUGCGAACCGUACUUGGAGAAAGACAGUGUUUGUGUCUGUGAUGUGGGUUAUUCUGGAGAUGACUGCUCAACAUCAACGGUUGGGAAUUACUACUUGGAAAACAGUUACUCCCAGUAUUCCCUAUCGGCCUGGGAUUCAGCAGCAGCAUCGUCAUCAUCACCUUCUUCCUUUUCGUCAUCCUCUUCAUUUUCAUCAUCGUCGUCAUCUUCAUCAUCAUCGUCAUCGUCAUCGUCAACCUCGUCAAGGCGAAGACGAGAGGUUGCACCAGCGCCCCAACCAAUGACGAGUGAAUAUUUCACGAACAUUGCCUUGAAAGUCAAAGCCUCGACAAGUACCAACACCAGCCUCGUAUUCCUGGCCACGAACAGCCUUGGAACCGAAUUUGUAAGAAUUGGCAUAUUGAACCAUGUACUUCGUUGUGUGUUCAGACUGGGAAGUAGAACAAAAGUCCUCUCACUUCCGAAGGUAAACAUAACCGAUGGUAAAACACACAUUGUCAAAGUGGAAAGGAUGGGUAACUACGCCACACUGCAGGUCGACUAUGCGGGGAAAGUGGAGGGAAGUACGGGAGGAAGCAGCAAUCUGAUGAACUUUGGUGGCGGGGCUCUGUUUUCUGGUGGUACCCGCCGACUGACCGCGAUGCUUGUGAUGCGAGCGAUUGUGAAAAGCAACGGAAAGGCUAUUGUACAAACGGCAGACGGCGGCCUCAUCUCGACUUUCUCGUCCUUCUCAGGGUCUUUGUAUGGAGUGAGUUUGAUAACUAUCGGCAAAAAGGGUGGUGUUACGGUCAAAAUAUUGAAGAAUGCGACACUUAUUAGAAUGUACCAGAAACACAGCAUUCGAUCUGUGUAUAAUUCGAGCGCAGGGAAAGUAGUUUUGGGAAGCGCCGGUGUAAGUGUUUCCGACAUUCGAAUUAGUAACAGCAGCGGACAGAGUGUUCAUCAGAUAUUACAACGGAGGAAUCAACAAAGUGCUGGAGGUCCGAAAGCGGGGGUUGGUUCUGGCGCCAACGCGGUGGUCACUGGGGGCAAACUCAGUUCUGUGGGAGAAUAUGGAUCGACGCUUAAGCUCAAGCAGUCGACAGAUGGAAAGAAAAAUAAGUCGGACGUCGACGAAUCUUACGCAGGUUGCAUCCCACAAAAUCGAUUUAACAAUAUCGACAUAGACCAUGAAGGAAGUCCAGUGACUGUCGAUCGACAAAAUGUCAUCUUUGGAUGUCCUUGUGAAAAGGGAGACUGCGCCAACAACGGAACCUGUUUAAUAGAUACCACUUCGCCACUGGUGAAUGUCUGUAAAUGCGAUGAACCUUGGACUGGACUUCGAUGUGAUAUACUCGAAGAAGACCCUGGAGGUGGAAAAACUCAGCCGAAAACGCCUCCUCCACCAUCGUGGAACUGGCCAGCCAUAUUAGCCGUCCUUCUCCUUCUUCUCAUCGCACUGAUCCUGCUUGGACUUUAUUUGCUGUGUAAAAGAUGUAGGGAAGAUGCCACAGACACAGGAAAAGGACCAGCUAAGGCUGCAAUGGCUCCCACGGGACACGGGACAGUCAGGUCCUACUCUGCUGGGGCGGGGGAGAUGGAUAGUACUGACUAUGAUCUACGCCAUUUGAUGAAGUACAUGUACACUGAGAAGGUUGUAGGAAGCUCGGAUCUUGAGCAUGGCCAUGAGCAUGCCAAUAUCCGUGUGUACAGGGACGAUGGUAUCCGAGGCACAGAUAAUCUUCACUUUGACUUAAAGCAAUUAACAUCUCACAGACAUGACGUGAUUCAAGGUGGGACGAAUGUAAACGAAACUCACUUGGGAAUAGGUAACCACGGCUUCCACGGUUCAAUGCCCGCGGUGACGUCACAUCUUCACACAAAAAUUAUACGACAUGUAGUACGCGCCGACAGUAAAGUGUCGCUGUCACAUGACGAAGUGAACUCCUUUGAAGACGAAGGAGACGAUUCUGACGUGGACGACUUGAGCGAGAUAGGCAGCGGGGACGACGCGGAUUGGGACCUACCGGAGGACUCUUGGGAGCAUCAUUUUGUACGACUUCAUGACGGAAACUAGCCAAUGGCAAAAUGUCGACGUGACGUUGGUUUUUUUUAAUAUGUAUAUAUUAGAUACAUUUUUACCUGAUUAUAUGGUGGCAUACAAUACAGAAAAGGUGCGACACAUCAGUUUCUCCGAAAUAUGCAGUAGAAUAGCGGUCUCUGCAUUUUGCUGUGAGCUCUGUCCUUAAUUCAAUCAAUUUCAAAAUUUUUUUUCAUCGAAAAAUAUUUUGGAUUGCAAUAGAAUCUUCACUCUAUUGAUGUAUUUUGCGCUUAAACUGAAUUCAUUUGAAUAAUUACGAUCUUGUUAUUUUAUAAUUACUUACAGCGUUGCUGGAAAAUUUAGCACCUAAUCACCUUAUACUGGAUUAACUAGACAAUCGGUAGUAUUUUCCGCAAACUUUGAACUAUAAAAAGGCAGUCCAAGUCGUUUACACCUAUAAAAUUAUCAUAGUCAAAUCAUUUAAGACGAAAUUGUCUCACUUUAGAUUGAAAGCUCACCAUGUAAUGGUCAACUAUCAUGAGUGUGAUGUUUUUGUUGCUGAUGCAUUGUACGUGUUUUAGAUACGAUUUUAAAGGUUACAUUUGAAAUGUUUCCAUUCUCACUUUUGCUGUAGCUUAGGGGCAACAAGCAUUUCUGUCGGUGUUAUCGCACAUCUUAGGGUUAAAACACUUGUACGAUUCGCAACUACAUUCUUUUUUUUUUUAUUUGUCGUGUUUUUCAAAAUAACAUAAUCAAUACAGAAGAAUUGAGAACAGGUUUCUACCGUCACCAACAAUUCUGUUAGUACUAAAUAGAGUUGCGACGUCAUUGCGAAACGUUAAGUUUAAACUGAAGAAUAUGUGCUGAUGUAAAGCAAUGACCCACAAAACUUUAGCAAAAUAAACUUAACGCCUGUA